CCUCUGAGCGACUGUCUGUCCCGUUAAUUGGAAAACAUUCAAAUUUAACGCUAAAAAUAAAGAACAAAAAAAGAAACUAUUUGGAUGAAGCUUCAUAAAAUUCCAUUCCUUUUGCCCUUCAUCAUAUUUGCCAAGGGAGAAGGUGUUAUUGAUCCAAAGGGUGUGUCUGAGGCUCGUCGAGAUGCCAGAGGAGCAGUUAAAUCUCAUCUGGAACUUGCUUACGAAACAAUUAACAAACUAUCCCGUGUGACUCUCGCCAUUGCUUACGAAGCUGCAGCAAUUCAACAAUCAUUCAAAUUUCGACCAGCUCUUGGUGAACUACUCGAGGCGAAUCUGGCAAAUCUUAGUACAAUAAUCACGCAUAAUCCAUUGACAGUCAAUAAUCAUUUGGAUGGUAUUGUGGAGAGGUACAAGAGAAUCUAUGAGAGCACGAAUGGAGACAAAGAUGAUUUACUAAGAAUAUUGAAGUUGAAUGAGGAUUUGAUGACAUCUGUUUCGUCGGAUUAUGUAGUCAACAAAACUAAAAUUCAUGACUUCUUCGACCACCUUGGGAAUAACUCUACAAUCUCCAGACUGAAAGGAUGCAAUGAAACACACGUGGAAAUGAUUGUUGAAUUCUGGAAUGUGAUUAAUGAGAAAAAGGCAGCAAAUGAAGAUGACAAAAAGAUAGCUAUCGUUACUUUGAAGAAUCGAAUUCCAGAAGUUCGGCAGUGUAUGACCUCCAUAAAAGAAUACUAUUCAUUUGUUUAUCCGAUUUCGAAGGUGGGAGAAGUUUUUCGAAAUAUUUUUUCGGCGCGUGCAACUGUUGAGCUGUUCAAGAAAAAACAGAUCGAAUAUGAGAACUUUCCCAAUGAUUUGGAAAAGUUGAAAAAUAUUGCGAAGAAGAUUAUCAAAGACUGGGAAGCUCCACAAGUAGAUGUUUACAAGGAAGUUUCAAUGACAGUACAACUACACAAGGAUAUGGUUCAAAAUAAGACGAUGGCAGUUUGGCUCUCACUUGUUGGAUAUGGAUUGAUUGAAGAUUUGAAAAUGGUCAGAGAAGAUUUGAAUAGCGUUUGGUUCAAGGAGAAAGUGGCAAAUGGAAAGAGUAUUAAAUUCUUGGAAAAUUCACUGGAGGCCUUCUUCAAAUUUUCUGAAUACACUGGGAAGUUAGAAACCACUUGGAUAAAGUUCAAAGCAUUCUUCAAAGCAGAACGGAAAAAUUUGCUGGAAUCAUUGAGUUUUUACUCUAGUAUCAAUCAAUGUUCGGAUGUUGCGUCUGGUGAAGGAGCGAUUGAAAACAUGAAGAAAAUUUAUAAUGGAUGUUGGAAAGGUUCUGCUCAGACUGAAGAUUUUGCACGCUUCGAUGAACAUAGUAAAACGUUGAGUGACUUGAAUUCGACUAUUUUUGAAGUUCUAGCAUGGUGCAAUGAAACCGUGAAACAGAAUGAUUUCGAUGUCAUGGAAACUGCGUUGGACUCGUUAAAUAACUUGAAUCUGGAAAACUUGAAUCCACAAGAGACGAUAAAUGAGGUACGAGAAAUUCAAAAUUUUGAAGAUCUGAACGAUUUUUUCGAGAGAUUUUUGAGAUUUCACUUACUCCAGAAAAAGUAUGACACUGAUUACCAACUUUUGCACAAGGUUAAUUUAGUGGAUGUUAUGGAAGAAACAGCAGCCAAUCUUACUAAAUCAAAGUCGAUUGCUAAUCUCAAAUGCUUGAAAAUGAAAGAAUUCCAGUCAAGUAAAAUCCAUUCAACAGUUGAAUUCAUAACUUCAGUGAGAAGAAUAGGCAAUUCGUCUGAUCAUAAAAAGAUCAAAGAUGCUGUUAAAAUCUAUUCAGACAUGAGAACGGACUAUGUAGCAGUGGAAAAGUUUUUAGAAGAGACUCGCAGGCAGAGUAAGCAGAAUGAGCAAUUAACAAAACAAAAUCCAGUUUUGAAGUUCAAACAUUCGAUGAAAAUUGCAACAAAACUCGCAAAGGGUAUGAUAUGUCUUCGAGAUCUCAUUGAAUCAUACAAGCUUCGAAGUGAAAUUCUAAACUCGGCAAAUUAUGACAACGGAGUGAAUGACAAAAUUGCAAAUUUCAACGAGAAUAAGCAGGUUAAAGAAUUUUGGAGUGGAUCUCCUGGAUACUUACUGGAACACGUCGUUCGAGAAUUGGACAAUCUGAAUAUGGAAGCAAGGAAAUACAUUGGCAGUGAUUUGGGUACCAUUGGAACUUUAUUCGAUGUUGCAACGAAUGUCAGUGGGAUUAAAGGAGUUGAUUUGCUAUUCGAGUAUGUUCACGAUCAACUUGAUUCAUACGAUGUGAAGGAUAAAAAUUUCCAAAUGGCAAAGAAGAACUCUGAAAAUUUGGCUGAACUCUGGCUGGAUUUUACCGUUAACCAUCAGGAUUUACGAGCAGCGUCAGAAAGUAUAAAGGACAUCAAAGAAUAUUUCGAUGAGAUUUUCAAAGUGAACAAGAGUGAAAAAGUCUUUGUAAAUUCCUAUCUUGGCGUCAUCAUAAUUUCCUUUGGAAUCUUAUUUGCGAUAGUGUUGGGUGGUUUGAUAGCUUAUGGAUUAACUGAGAGUGGACGAAACAAAUACUUGAUAUGGUGGAUUUAUUGGUUUGGUAAGCCAGAAGCAUUUGAGAAAAGAUGGAGAUAUUCGCUUUUCCUGGACAAAACGGAUCAUUCAAACUCACUUCUUGAAGCAGUCAGAGAAGUCAAUUUAACAAAUGUGGCGAAUUGUGUAAAAAAGGGAGCAUUUAUUAAUGCAUACAAUCGGCAUGGCAAUACCGCCCUACAUUUAGCAACAAAACGCCUGUAUCCUGAUAUUGUUGAAAUUCUUAUCAAGAAUGGAGCUGAUAGAACACUUCUAAAUGUGCAGAACAAGAAACCAGAAGAGAUAAUUGGGACAGAUCUUGAUGUCCUUCGUGCAGAUCAGAAGGCGAAAAUUGAGAAAAUCAAAAACAUUUAUCUGAAAUAUCAGAACAAGAAGUUUCGAAUCCGUGUCCCUGAACUAUUUCCAGUCAGCUCGUUUCAUAUCUACGCCGACAAAUCGACAGAUGACAAGCUCACCAAUCAAUUUAUGGAGGUUUUCAAAUCGAUUGCAUCAAAUGAACCGCAGUCAAGUACUACUCACUGUAUUGUGAAAACAAGUCGCAAUGGAACUUUGGAAACGGAUAGUUUGGAAUCAUUGUUGUGGAUUUUCAAUGGAACGAUAAUUGUGAAAGAAAGUUGGAUGUCCGAUUGCUUGAAAAACAAGAAAAAUAUCGCGAAAGACUAUAACUAUUUGGUGGAGAAUGUCAAAUAUAAUAAUGUUGUCUACAAUACAGUUCUCAAAUGGUCUGAAGCAAUGUCAAAAGGAUCGGCACCCUACCUUUACGGAGUGUAUAUUGCAAUUUGUUUGGGGGAUUAUGCAAAUCUGAACACCAUGACAUCUAUUAUAAACUCACAAGGUGGAACUCUAUUGGACGCAUUUCCUACCAAGAAUUACUACAAUGUCGGAUCUCAUCCAUAUUUUCAUGCACAUCUCGGACCACUUUUUAUCAUAACCGAUGGACAGUAUAAUCUUCAAGAAUACAAGAAUGAUCCGGACAAGAUGUACACGUUUUUCACAGAGGCCGAGUUCAUCAACUUCAUGCUCAAACGGGAGAUCAAUAUUGACAGAAAUCCCAAUCCGAUUUCAGUGGCCGUUGGAGGUGAUAACUAGAUUUACUUGUAUCAAAUAAAAUUUCGAGUGACAUU